AUGUCGUCGCCAUCAUCUCCGCAAUUGGUGGAGGAGGACCCCGCUCCUUCGGCAACCACUACGCACAAGGGUGUUUCCGUCUUCCCCGUCGCUCGCGUUCAGCGCAUCAUCAAAGCGGACCGCGACGUGGACAUCUGCUCGAAAGAGGCGACGUUCCUCAUCAGCAUUGCCACCGAGAUCUUCAUCCGCAGACUCACCGACGAGGCGUACACAAACGCCAAGCUCGACAAGCGCAAGCACGUGUUCUACAAGGACCUUUCUCGAGCCGUUCAGCAGACUGAAUCGCUCGAGUUCCUGCGCGAUGCCAUCCCAACCGCCAUGCCCCUCUCCUCCGCCCUCGAAGCACGCCAAACGAAACUCGCCCAAAAGCAAACCGAGGAAAACAUGAUCCUAGAAGGCACCCUCCAGGACGAAGACGACCCAGAACCAGAAGCCGAAGCAGAACAAGACCCAGAAUCGGAAGCUGAGCCACAAGACGAUGACGACGUCCUAGACAGUCCUUCGCACCAACAUGGUAACGACGACGACCAAGACCAUAUGGACCAAGAAGACGACGAGUAA